AUGAAAUCUAUUUACAAAUUCAUAUCAUUUAAAUUCUAAGAUACUCUCAUUCUGUUUAUAUCACAUUCUCUACUAGUUGAUUUUUCAGGGGUGGCGAGAAAUCUUCAUUUUACAUAUAUGAGUCUUGUUUACUAUACAUUGGGAAUCUCAUUUUAUAUUGAUUUGUCCUAUUAAUCCAAAAUAGGUUUAAACAAAUAGCUAAGCACCGUCAAGCAUCCUGCAAUUAGUUAAUAUAUCAAGAAUAGCGAAAUCUAACCUCCUUUAGAUUUCUUAAAGUGA